AUGCAAGUCGUCGUCCGAAGACCAAAGUCGGCAUUGUUAAGAUGCAGUGCCGUAUUUGCAUCUCACUGCUUACCCAAGUUCAACAGUACUACAACCAAGUCAUACUUUGAACAAAAGUAUCCAGAAUUAUUAGACACUGAUUAUUUAUCCGAAGGGAAACCGGAUUAUGUUAAGCUUAUCUUAACUUCAAGAGUGUAUGACGUUGUUGAUAGGGCAGGUUCCCCUUUAACAUAUGCGGUCAAUUUAUCCCAUAGAUAUGGUACCAAUAUUCAUUUGAAAAGAGAAGACUUAUUGCCAGUAUUUUCAUUCAAAUUAAGAGGUGCCUAUAACAUGAUUGCACAACUUAAUCUGAGACCUCUGUCCAAGCUUUCAGGUGUUAUUGCAUGCUCAGCUGGUAACCAUGCUCAAGGUAUAGCCUUCUCUGCCAACAGAUUAGGAAUAGCUUCAACGAUUGUGAUGCCAACGGCCACUCCAUCUAUAAAGUAUACCAAUGUAUCCAGAUUAGGAUCCCAGGUUGUAUUAUUUGGAGAUGAUUUUGACUCCGCCAAACAAGAGUGUUCUAGAUUAGCAGAACAAGAUUCUUUAGUGAACAUUCCACCUUUUGAUCAUCCCUAUGUCAUUGCUGGUCAAGGUACAAUUGCAUUAGAAAUCACCAGACAAUUACGAUUAGAUAAAUUAGAUGCUAUUUUCGUCCCUGUUGGAGGUGGAGGUUUAAUAGCUGGUAUUGCUUCGUAUAUAAAAAAGCUUGCUCCUCAUGUUAAGAUCAUUGGUGUUGAAACUUAUGAUGCUGAUGCCCUUUAUCAAUCUUUACAAAAAGAUGAAAAGGUGGUAUUAGAUCAAGUUGGUUUGUUUGCUGAUGGUACAGCAGUUAAAGUCUUGGGUGAUGAAACUUGGCGUAUUGCAAAAGAUUUGGUGGAUGAUGUUGUUCGAGUCCUGACUGAUGAAUUGUGUGCUUCUAUCAAAGAUAUUUUUGAAGACACUAGACUGAUUGUUGAGCCUUCAGGUGCUUUAUCAGUUGCUGGGUUGAAGAAAUAUAUUCAACAAACACCAGAAAUAGAUCACAGCGAUAAGACUUAUGUUCCUAUAUUAUCUGGUGCCAACAUGAAUUUUGAUAGACUUAGAUUUGUUAGUGAAAGAGCUGUUCUUGGUGAAGGUAAAGAAAUAUCAUUGGCAGUUGAAAUCCCAGAGAAAGCAGGUGAAUUCCUUAAAUUGCAAAACCUUAUUGCUCCAAGAGCAGUUACGGAAUUCAGUUAUAGGUAUUCCAAUAAUGAUAAAGCCAACAUUUUCAUUUCAUUCAAUGUCAUCAAUAAGGUUAAGGAAUUACCUAAAAUAAUUGAAUCAAUGACUAAUGAAGGUUAUAAUUAUUCAGUUGUUGAUAUUUCAACUAAUGAAUUUGCAAAGACUCAUGGUCGUUAUUUGGUUGGAGGUAAACCACCAUUCGAAGCCGUUGAAAAUGAAAGAUUAUUCCAAUUUGAAUUCCCAGAAAGACCUGGUGCUUUAACAAAGUUCUUACAAAACUUGAAAUGUAACUGGAAUGUUACCUUAUUCCACUAUAGAAACCAUGGUCAAGAUGUUGGUAAGAUUUUAGCAGGAUUCCUGUUACCCAAGGAAGAAGAAGAAGAAUUCAGUCAAUAUUUGAAACGUUUGGGUUACCAAUACACUGAAGAAACUGACAAUAUUUUGUAUAAGAAGUUCUUGAAAUAA